UUACGUGGACACGUACGUGCGUGUUAUUUACAUCGUGGUGUCGGGCUGGCUGCUCGCAUGUGCCGCUGCCCGUCUCCUUUGUCCUGCUUCACAGCUUCACUGGGUGUCAUGGGCUCUGCCUGCAGGGAGAGGAGAUUUGUCACUUCCCUCAUCACACUGGAUCCCUCGCCGCAGCAGUCCUCAUCACCAUCACCAUCGCAUCGCGAGAAGAGUCACAGCCUCUCAGUCUUCUUCAGAGGCACAAUGACCGCGUUCCCGUAGGCUACACCAUGCGAAGUGUGCCCACCUGAAACAGGCUGGGGAUGCAGCAUCCUUUGAGCCCUUCUGUUUGGGUUCCUGCUGCACUGGUUUCCUGCGGAUGAUGCGCGGAGGAGUUCGCGGCGUGUUUAUGUCUCACUCUGCUUUGGAAAGCCCCCAUCCCAUCAGGAGAUCCAUGCACCACCGGUCUUUGUGUUGUUGUUAUUACCAUGUCCCCAGCAUCGGCUGCAACGGCAAGUGAAAGCGCCACCGCCACCGCCACCGUCCCCGAGGAGGAGACGGAAAGCCCCCGGGAAGAGCAACAGCCUCAGAAACAGUCUCUGGCUAAGUCCUUGUGUCAGGAAACUCACUGGAAAUGCCUGCUGCUGUCACUGCUGAUGUACGGCUGUGUCGGGGUGAUGGCCUGGUGCCAGGUGACAGAGGUCACACGCCUCACCUUCAAUAGCGCCUACAAGGGAAACUCUAUGAUGUACCAUGACAGUCCCUGCUCCAAUGGCUACAUCUACAUCCCUCUGGCCUUCCUGGUCAUGCUCUAUGUGGUCUACCUGGUCGAAUGCUGGCACUGCUACACCAGGAAUGAGCUGCAGUACAAGGUUGAUGUGGACAGCGUGACGGAGCGCAUACAGCGCAUGCAGCAGGCUACGCCUUGCAUCUGGUGGAAGGCCAUCAGCUAUCACUAUGUCAGGAGAAUGCGACAGGUGACACGUUACCGUAACGGAGAUGCCUACACCACUACACAGGUCUACCAUGAGAGAGUAAACACCCACGUAGCUGAGGCGGAGUUUGACUACGGUAACUGCGGGGUUAAGGACAUCUCGAAGAACCUGCUGGGUCUGGAUGGUUUCCCCAUCACCAAGCUGAGGUUCACCAAGUGCUUUAGCUUUGCCAAUGUGGAGUCUGAAAACUCCUACCUGAACCAGCGGGCCAGGUUCUUUACAGAAAACGAGGGCCUUGAUGAUUACAUGGAGGCACGUGAGGGGAUGCACCUGAAGAAUGUCGACUUUAAGGAGUAUAUGAUUGCCUUUUCUGACCCUGAUCACCUUCCAUGGUAUGCUUCCAACUCCACCUUCUGGGUAGCGGCUGCUUUCACCUUGUCCUGGCCUAUGAGGGUGCUGACAGAGUAUCGUACUUCCUGUGUGCACUACCAUGUGGAGAAGCUGUUCGGCUUUGACUAUGUGCCAGUAACGCCAUCUGACGAGCGGGUGUAUUGCAGACACAUCCCACGGGUCAACACAAUUGACAGCACAGAGCUCGAGUGGCACAUCCGCUCCAACCAGCAGCUAGUGCCCAGCUACUCUGAGGCGGUUCUCAUGGACCUGGCCCAGCUCUCAGGGAGCUGCAAUAGCUACUCCUUAUCCGGAGGCUACGGCAGCUACAGGCAGAACUGCGAACGCUGCCACCGUGCCAUAAGCAGCUCCUCCAUCUUCUCCCGAAGCGCCCUCAGCAUCUGCAACACUGGGAGCCCCCGCAUCCCGUUCAGCGCCAGCCGCUUCUCGCUGGGUCGGCUGUACGGCUCCAGGCGGAGCUGCCUGUGGAGGAGCAGCGGGAGCCUGAAUGAGCAGUCGUGUCCCACAGAGAGCACGCGCUGUCUGUCAGGCCAGCAGGCCAGUGAGGAGAACCCUCCAGCCUAUCAGGACGCGCUGUACUUCCCAGUGCUCAUCGUGCAUCGCAACGAAGGCUGCCUCAACCACGACCACCGCUCGCUGCACAGAAAUGGCUCCUGUGUAGAAACUUCACUCUGAUGACACGAGCUAAGGCCAAGGAAACUAUUCAUACAUGGACUCUUGUGUCUCUUUAACACAGAGAUUUAAAAAAAAAAAAAAAAGAGCAUUCUCUGAGUUACCACAACAAAGGAUUUGUUAACAUUUCUAAACAUACUGUCACCUGACACAACAGCAAUUACAACAAAGUAUGUGUGUGGAGUUUAUCACUCAAUACAUCAGGGAAAAACAGACCCGAUGAGACUGUUGUUUAAAAUACAGCGAGGCUUUAAAGGAUACUGCCAAAGUGUCAUGUGCAGCCCUAAAGAGUCUGUUGAGAUUCAGAUAACCAAUGAAAAUCAAGGGCCAUCCCAUCCUAGUGUAAAUGCCAUAUUUACAGAUCUUAGUCACAGACAAUUUACAAAGAUAUGAGUAACAUUUCCCGGUAUAUGAAGCCUGAAAUGGGCUUUGACUCAGCAGCAAAUGAAAAAAUUAAAUGGAUGCCAAACGAGAAAUGGAACGCAAAGAUAAGCAACCUUGUCAAAACACACUAACGAGACUAAGUAGUUUUGCUGAAACCAAACACCCUAACCCUCUCAUGGCUCUUAUCAAAGUGAAGUCAGUACAGUCGACAAAUACAGAAAUCUGCAUGUUAACACAUUUUGAUCCUGGAUGAUUUAAUGUCUCCAUUCAAAGUUAAUGCUCAUGGAAAUCCAUUCAAAGAGAAAAAAACUGAAAAUAAAUGUCCGGAUAAAACAUUCAGUCAGCUGAUAUGUGCUUGGCUGCAAUGACAUUAAACUCCAUGGCUCGCCAAAUAUAGCACAGGAGGAGUUUGAAUAAUUUAGCAGACGAGGGCUGAAGGACAAGAGGAUUUAAAACUGAUUCAUAAACACUUCUUUAAACUGUUCAAACUGUACAUUUUGUAAAGCAGUAAAAAAUACCCUCACUGCACUGCUGAGAAAUCAGUGUCAACUCCGCCAGUUUAAAAUCUUUAAGAUCCAUUUAGGUUCGUGUUGGGCAAUAUUUUCAUUGAGCCUACCUCUUUAUUUAAGUGCCUAGCAUCAACCGUUACUGACAAGCACAAGCUGCAAUGACUUCUCAUCUCAUCUCACUAUCCUCCCAUUAAAACAAGCAGAAGAACACAUCAAGGUUAUUGAAAACAUAGGCAAAAAUCCACAAGUUUGUAAGAAUCAGACACAAAAUGCUUUUCAGAUUUCUUUUUCACAUUACUCACACAGCCAGCCCUGUGCUGCUGCUGCUGAUGCAUAUCAGAGAGACAGCUAGAGAGCUGGCCAUCGAAAACACUCGAAAUAGGCAGAGGCCUGGAUUCACUACUGAUAGUGUCAGAUUUAAUUAUAUAAAAGGAUUACUUUAAAACACUAAAACCUACUUCCUCUCAGCUGAGUGCAUGCUGUAUCUGAUGGGAAAUUUACUUUUGCAGCCAAGAACCGAAGCAGUGUUUAAUGCAAACAGUGACAAAAGCCACUCCCCGCAGCACAACCCAUCGCUCAAAGUUUGGUU